AUGGCUAGCGAAGCGUGGAGACAUCGAGCAGAGAUGCACGCGCGAUCCAUCGGAUACCGUAUCCAAAUCAGUGUCCUCAUUGUCGUGAUGCUGCUGGGCCUCAAUGAGAGUCAAGGCACUGCGCAUUAUGGCGAAGACAGCGUGGGUUCGUUCCCCUACUUCGAGUACAACGUACCAAGGAAUGUCACCACAGUCGUGGGUCAGACCGCGUUCCUGCAUUGCAGGGUGGAACAGCUGGGCGAUAAGGCAGUAAUCAGACCGGACAAAUCAGAAAACUGGACGUUACAAAUUAAGUUUCCGCAAGAGCGGGACGGAGGCAUCUACGAAUGCCAGGUCAACACGGAGCCGAAGAUGUCUCUCGCGUUCCAACUGAAUGUAGUCGAAGCUAAGGCGCAUAUUCUGGGUCCAGCCGAUCUGUACGUCAAGACGGGCAGUUCCCUGGCGCUUACUUGCAUCCUGAGUCAAGGUCCACACGACCUUGGUACUAUAUUUUGGUACAAGGGAUCAAAUCUAAUAGAAUAUAAGGAAUUGGAAGCUAAUGAUAUCGUCGAGCAGCCGCGAAUUCGACUGAAAACGGAAUGGACUGAGCAACUCACAUCUAGGCUGACAGUCAACAAAUUGUUGCCAACUGACAGCGGCAACUACAGCUGCGUACCCACCAUGGCAGAGGCGGCUUCGGUAAACGUUCAUGUUAUCAAUGGGGAGCACCCGGCCGCAAUGCAACAUGGUAACGCGAAUACAGCGUCCCCCUGUGCGCUUUCAGUGAACCUUCUUAUAUCUUUAUAUUGUACCCUAGCUACGCUAUACACUAGCACAGUUGACGGGUUCAGAUGA